GUCGUGAACUCGGAAUACGCAGUCCUUUCUUUUUCUGUGCACCCGACUCUCCAUUUUCAGUCAAUCGACGCCUUCCAUCUCUCCUUUUUUCCUCUUCUGCAACUCCUUCACGGGAGAGGAUUAUCAAGACCGUAAUUUACCUCUCUCUCUCUCUCUCUUAGCUUCUGCGUUUCUAGGUGUGCAGCGUAUCUUGGAGCAGGGAGUGGAAAAUCGUGCUCCAUAUCCAUCAUCUCUCGGGAAAUUUGGAAUUGAGCUUGUGUGAUUUAAGGAUCAAUUAAUCCAAAUCAUGGUGUUUGCAAAAGAAGCGAGUUCAUCUUCUCAAUUGCUUCCACCUCUGCCCAGAGAAGACACGCCCCUCCUGGGCAAGGCUUCUCAUCUGUCUUCCCAACCCAAAACCUUCGCCAAUGUCUUCAUCGCCAUCGUCGGUGCGGGCGUUCUCGGCCUCCCUUACACCUUCAAGAAGACCGGUUGGGUCUUUGGCCUUCUCAUGAUCCUAGCCGUUUCCAUCCUCACAUACCACUGCAUGAUGCUUCUGGUCUAUACCCGCCGAAAGCUCGAAUCCCUUCAGGGCUUCUCCAAGAUCAACUCUUUUGGCGACCUUGGAUUCUCUGUCUGCGGCUCCACAGGUAGAAUCGCCGUCGAUGUCAUGAUCGUCCUCUCCCAAGCCGGAUUCUGUGUCAGUUACCUUAUCUUCAUCGCCAAUACCUUGGCUUAUGUCUUCAAUUCCUCAGUUCCGACCAUCUUGUGGUUUAAGCCCAAGACUUUCUACAUUUGGAGCUUUUUCCCCUUCCAAUUGGGUUUGAAUUCGAUCCCUACACUCACCCAUCUAGCUCCUCUAAGCAUUUUCGCCGAUGUCGUCGAUAUCGGAGCCAUGGGCGUUGUGAUGGUUGAAGAUAUUCUGAUCUUCGUCAAACAACAGCCAGCCCUAAUGGCUUUUGGGGGUUUGAACGUUUUCUUCUACGGCCUGGGUGUCGCCGUCUAUGCCUUCGAAGGGAUAGGGAUGGCCUUACCACUUGAAUCAGAGACAAGAGACAAGGACAAGUUCGGGAGAAUCCUGGGCUUGUCCAUGAUCUUCAUUUCUCUCAUGUAUGGGGGAUUUGGAGCUCUGGGUUACUUUGCUUUUGGAGACGAAACCAAGGACAUAAUCACCACAAACUUAGGGAACAGCUUGGUGAGCAUCUUGGUUCAAUUGGGUUUGUGUGUGAAUUUGUUCUUUACCUUCCCAUUGAUGAUGAAUCCUGUAUACGAAGUGUUCGAGAGAAGGUUCUUUGGAGGUCAGUAUUGUCUGUGGCAGAGAUGGGUGGUGGUGUUGAUGGUAAGCUUGCUUGCUCUAUCAGUACCUAAUUUUGCAGACUUCUUGUCAUUGGUGGGGAGCAGCGUGUGUGUGAUUUUAGGGUUUGUGUUACCUGCUUUGUUCCACCUGAUGGUAUUUAAGGAGGAUGUGGGUUUUGGAGGAUUAGCUUUGGAUGCCGUGAUAGUGGUGAUCGGUUUGAUAAUUGCAGUGUCUGGAACUUGGUCUUCUCUAAUGGAGAUUUUGGCUGUGACAGUGUGAGAAGAAGAAAGGAAGUUCAAAUUCUCUGGGGAAAGGAAGUUCAAACUCUCAGUGCAACUGUUUUAGAUCAAUAAAUGCCACAAUUGUUUAUGUUUCACUUUUCCCUUGGAAUAGUUAAUACUGUGAGGGACAUGAAGCUAAACAGAAGUAACAGAAUCUGUUCAGUGUUCCUAUUGCUAGAAAAUGUCUAUAUUUAUGUCUGCAAUAUUACUGGUUUUGAAUCUUUUCUGAUUCUUCAGGGCUGAAUUCCAGAUUUCUCUUGUGCCCUUUGUCGUAACAAUUGUUAAGAAUAGCUUUCUGCAAUGAGAUUUAGAUGGGAUGCAAAGGGCAUAGUGGCUUUUUGAAGGGCUUUUGCUUUCA